AUGCUUUUUAUUGUUAAAGGUUUUUGUCAUGUUGUUUAUCGAGAAUCACGUUCAGUCUCAGAACUUCUUAAACAUUGUACUCGACAACAACGUUCAACUAUUGAUUAUUUUCUUCAUAUUCAUAUGUUACCAACAACAACUGGUUUGUCCAUUCGUACAACUCGAUUCAAACCAAUUCAAGUUGUUCCUUGGAAUGUAAAAGAUAAUGUUUAUGUUAUGCAAAACGAAAACAUUUCAAAUAAUGCAACAUCUUAUAAAGAUUGGUCACGAACUAUUUUCGUCUCACCACUUCAUGGUAAAAUGAGUGCAUUUAGUCUUAGUACAAUCAUGUCAAAUGUAUUUGGAACUGUUUUAAUGGCUCAAAUCAAUACAGAUAAAUAUGGAUAUCCAACAGGUACAGGAACGGUGUUAUUUUGUGAUUCUCAUAGUUAUAUGCGUGCAGUAGCUGCUGGUGCUAUUGAUAUUAAAUGUGAUUGUUUUCAUAAAUUACUUGAUAUUGAUCCAUUUUUACGAGAAAAUGAACCAUGUGCAUUUUGUCCAUUGGUUGCUGAUUUGUUUUGUCGAAACUUUCAUUGUCUUCGAUCAUAUUGUAAACAAUGUUGGGUGAAUAGACAUGGAUCAAAACCACUUGCCGAUCAUCAACCAGCAACUCGACGACAACAACCAUUACCGCAUAUUUAA